AGGGGGGGCAAUGCUGCGUGGAAUAACAGCGGACAUGCCUGCCAUGGGGACAUUCAAGCACAUCCUGCUGCUUUUCGCAGGUCUGAUCACCGCAGCGAACGGUCAGCCUUGUGGUGGUGUGGUGCAAGGCCUGAACGGAACCAUAGAAAGCCCUGGCUUCCCCCAUGGUUACCCCAACUAUGCCAACUGCACGUGGAUCAUAGUGACGGGAGAGCGCAACAGGAUACAGCUGUCCUUCCACACCUUCGCGCUGGAGGAGGACUUUGACAUCGUGUCCAUUUAUGAUGGACAGCCACAGCCGGGCAACCUGAAGAUGAGGUUGUCUGGCUUCAUGUUGCCGUCGCCGAUAGUAAGUUCGGGGUCUAUACUAGCACUGUGGUUCACCACAGAUUUUGCUGUGAGUGCCCAAGGAUUUAAAGCAAUCUAUGAAGUGCUGCCCAGUCACACAUGCGGAAAUCCGGGGCUCAUUCCUCGAGGAAUCAUUCAUGGGACGAGGUAUAACAUCGGGGAUAAAAUCCGCUACAGCUGCGUGAUGGGAUAUAUACUGGAGGGUCACGCAGUGCUCACGUGCAUUGUGAGCCCUGGGAGUGGUGCAUCAUGGGACUUCCCAGCACCGUUUUGUAGAGCUGAAGGAGCAUGUGGGGGCACAUUGAGAGGGACAACAGGGACCAUAUCCAGUCCCCACUUUCCCUCAGAGUACGAGAACAACGCGGACUGCACGUGGAGCAUCCUGGCAGAGCCUGGAGACACCAUCGCCUUGGUCUUCACAGACUUCCAGCUGGAGGACAGAUAUGACUUUCUAGAAAUCAGCGGCACAGAAGCCCCUUCAAUAUGGCUCACUGGCAUGAAUCUGCCAUCGCCUGUCAUCAGUAGCAAGAACUGGCUGCGGCUGCACUUCACGUCCGACAGCAACCAUCGACGGAAAGGAUUUAGUGCCCAGUAUCAAGUGAAGAAGGCCAUAGAGCUGAAGUCCAGAGGAGUAAAAAUGCUUCCGAACAAAGACACAAACCACAAAAAUGCUGUCUUGAGUCAAGGGGGGAUGGCGGCGGAUAUUUGUCCAGAUCCAGGGAUUCCAGAGAACGGGAAACGAAUUGGCUCCAGCUUCCAGGUCGGAGCCAGCAUCCAGUUCUCCUGCGAUGACAGCUAUGUGCUGCAGGGAUCAAAGAGCAUCACUUGCCAGAGAGUGACUGAAACCCUGGCUGCCUGGAGUGACCACAGGCCGAUCUGUCGGACAAGAACCUGUGGCUCUAACUUGCGAGGUCCGAAGGGUAUUAUCACGUCUCCGAAUUACCCCGUCCAGUACGAGAACAAUGCCCACUGCGUAUGGGUCAUAACAGCGGUAGAUCCGGAGAAGGUCAUCAAGCUGGCCUUCGAAGAGUUUGAUCUUGAGAGAGCUUAUGACACCCUAACUGUGGGUGAUGGAGGGAAGAUCGGUGACACCAGAAGAGUGCUCUACGUUCUGACAGGCUCCAGUGUGCCUGAUUUGAUUGUGAGUAUGAGCAACCAGAUGUGGCUGCAUCUCCAGUCUGAUGACACCAUCGGCUCUCAAGGCUUCAAGGCCAUAUAUGAAGAGAUCGAUAAAGGAGGGUGUGGAGACCCGGGCAUCCCAGCCUACGGCAAGCGAACGGGAGACAGUUUUUCACACGGCGACGUGCUGACCUUUGAGUGUCAGGCCGCCUUCGAGCUGGUCGGCGAGCGGACGAUUUCGUGCCAGCAGAAUAACCAGUGGUCUGGAAACAAACCCAGCUGCGUUUUUUCCUGCUUCUUCAAUUUCACCGCCCCAUCAGGCAUCAUCCUCUCCCCCAACUACCCGGAGGAGUACGGCAACAACAUGAACUGCGUGUGGCUCAUUAUAGCCGAGCCGGGCAACCGGAUCCAUCUCAUUUUCAGCGACUUUGAGGUAGAGCCCCAGUUUGACUAUCUGAUCGUGAAGGAUGACGGCAUGCCUGAGCCCACCACCUUCGGCACCUUCUCCGGCAAGGACGUGCCCUCUCAGAUCGCCAGCAACGGCAACAUCAUGCGCCUGGAGUUCCAGUCAGAUCACUCCAACACUGGGAAGGGCUUCAAUAUCACCUAUACAACGUUUGGCCAAAACGAAUGUCAUGACCCCGGCAUCCCCAUCAACGGCCAGCGCUUCGGAGAGCACUUCUUACUGGGCAGCUCGGUCCUUUUCACAUGUGAUGAGGGCUUCAUCAAAACCCACGGCUCUGAGUCCAUCACCUGCGUCAUCCAGGACGGCAACGUGGUGUGGAACGCGGCUGUCCCUCGCUGUGAAGCUCCCUGUGGUGGGCAUUUAACGGCUCCAGCAGGAGUGCUGCUGUCCCCUGGCUGGCCUGGCUACUACAAAGACUCCCUCAACUGUGAAUGGGUGAUUGAAGCCAGGAAGGAUCAUGCCAUCAAGAUCUCUUUUGACAGGUUCCAGACCGAGGUUAAUUACGACACGCUGGAGAUCCGUGACGGGCCCUCCAACUCGUCGCCGCUGAUCGGAGAGUACCACGGCACCCAGGCACCUCACUUCCUCAUCAGCACCGGCAAUUACAUGUACCUCCUCUUCACCACCGACAACAGCCGCUCCAGCGAGGGCUUCCAAAUCCGCUAUGAGAGCAUCAUGAUGGAGAGCGACUCGUGCCUGGAUCCGGGGAUUCCCGUGAAUGGGAAAAGGCAUGGGAACAAUUUUGCCAUUGGCUCUAGAGUGACGUUCAGCUGUGAUCAGGGCUACACUCUGAGCGAUGACGAGCCUAUUGUGUGCGAGAGGAACCAUCAGUGGAACCAUGCUCUGCCCAGCUGCGACGCUUUGUGUGGUGGUUAUGUCUACGGAAAAACUGGGACCAUCCUGUCUCCUGGUUUUCCAGAUUUCUAUCCAAACUCAUUGAACUGCACAUGGACCAUAGAAGUUUCUCAUGGGAAAGGGGUGCAGCUGGUCUUCCACACGUUCCACCUGGAGGACUCUCAUGAUUACCUCCUCAUUACUGAAGACGGGAACUUCGCUGAGCCCGUGGCCCGCCUCACGGGCUCCGUGCUGCCGCCCUCUGUCAAGGCCGGCCUGUUUGGCAACUUCAGUGCACAGAUCCGCUUCAUCUCUGACUUCUCAAUGUCUUACGAGGGCUUCAACAUCACCUUCUCAGAGUAUAAUCUGGAGCCAUGUGAAGACCCUGGGGUUCCAGCCUACAGCAGGAGGGUGGGCUUCCAGUUUGGAGUAGGCGACUCGCUGAUGUUCACCUGCUUCUCGGGCUACCGUCUGGAGGGAGAGAGCAAGAUCACCUGCCUGGGAGGAGGCCGGCGCGUGUGGAGCGCAGCCUUGCCCAGGUGUGUGGCUGAGUGUGGUGCCUCCUCCUUGGGGAGUGAGGUACUCCUGUCCCCAAAUUAUCCGAACAACUAUGACAACAACCACGAGUGCAUUUACCGUGUGAGGACUGACAACGGCAAGGGGAUCCAGCUCACAGCCAGCAGCUUCCAGCUCCGAGAAGGAGACUUCCUCUUGGUCUAUGAUGGCCAAGACAGUUCGUCGAGACUGCUGGGCAAUUUCACAAAAAGCGAAAUGUCCAACGUCAUCAUCAAUAGCACCUCCAACCAUCUAUGGAUUGAGUUUAACAGCAAUGGGACAGGAACCAGCAAGGGCUUCAAACUGAUAUACACUAGCUUUGACCUUGUCAAGUGUGAAGAGCCGGGCACCCCUAACUACGGCUACAAGAUCCAGGAUGACGGCCAUUUUGCCAACACAUAUGUGCUGUACAGCUGCAACCCGGGAUACACCCUGCACGGCAGCAGCACACUGACCUGCCUCAGUGGAGACCGUCGGGUUUGGGACAAGCCACUACCAUCCUGCAUUGCGGAGUGUGGAGGCCACAUCAGCGGUGCCACAUCUGGUCGCAUCCUGUCUCCUGGCUACCCGGCCCCCUACGACAACAACCUCCACUGCACCUGGUCCAUCGAGGCUGAUACAGGGAAAACCAUCAGCCUCCACUUCAUCGUCUUCGACACGGAGGUGGACCACGACAUUCUGAAGGUGUGGGACGGCCCGGCGGAGAGCGGGAUCCUGCUGAAGGAGUGGAGUGGUUCCCUCCUGCCCGAGGACACGCACAGCACCUUUAACAUCCUCACACUGCAGUUCGACAGCGACUACUUCAUCAGCAAGUCAGGCUUUUCCAUUCAGUUCUCCACUACAACUGCCUCAACCUGCAACGACCCAGGCAUCCCCCAAAACGGCAGCCGCUAUGGGGACAGCAGAGAGCCGGGAGACACCAUCUCCUUCCAGUGCGACCCAGGCUAUCAGGUCCAGGGAGUGUCAGAGAUCACGUGUGUCCAACUCAACAACCGCUUCUUCUGGCAGCCUGACCCUCCCACCUGCAUAGCUACCUGUGGAGGCAAUGUGACAGGACCUGCUGGGGUAAUUCUAUCACCCAACUAUCCUCAGCCCUACCCGCCAGGAAAGGAGUGUGACUGGCGAAUAAAAGUCAGCCCGGACUUUGUCAUCGCUCUAAUUUUCAAAAGCUUUAACAUGGAGCCCAGCUACGACUUCCUGCACAUCUACGAGGGUGAGGACUCUAAUGGGCGGCUGAUCACCAGCCUGCAGGGCAACCAGGUGCCUGAGCGCAUCGAGAGCAGCGGCCACAGCCUCUUUCUUGCCUUUCGCAGUGACGCCUCCCUCGGCAUGUCUGGAUUUGCCAUUGAGUACAAAGAAAAGCCGAGGGAAGCGUGCUUCGACCCUGGAAACAUCAUGAAUGGAAGCCGGCUGGGAAUGGACUACAAACUUGGAUCCACUGUCACAUACCAGUGCGACUCGGGCUACACCACCUUGGGCCCGGCCACACUCACCUGCAUCAUUGGAGCUGACGGAAAACCUGUGUGGGACAAAGCUCUUCCUACAUGUAAAGCUCCUUGCGGUGGUCAUUACACGGGAUCAGAGGGAGUCGUGCUGUCUCCAAACUAUCCUCACAACUACACUACAGGCCAGACCUGCUCUUACUACAUCACCGUCUCUGGAGAGUUUGUUGUCUUUGGGCAAUUUGCCUAUUUCCAGACAGCCAUGAAUGACUCUGUCGAGUUGUUUGAUGGGCCCAAUCAGAACGCCAGGCUUCUGAGCUCCCUGGCUGGCUCUCAUUCUGGAGAGACCUUGCCCUUGGCCACUUCAAACCAGAUCAUGCUGAGGUUCACCACCAAGAGUGGCCCUUCCGCCAGGGGAUUCCAUUUUGUUUACCAAGCCGUGCCACGCACCAGUGAUACCCAGUGCAGCUCCAUCCCAGAGCCCAGAUACGGCAGGCGAAUCGGCUCGGAGUUCUCCGCUGGCUCCAUUGUCCGCUUUGAGUGCAGCCCAGGAUACCUUCUCCAGGGAUCUAAAGCUAUUAAGUGCCAUGCCGUCCCCAACGCUCUGGCACAAUGGAACGACACCAUCCCCACUUGCAUAGUUCCCUGUAGUGGGAAUCUUACAGAAAGACGAGGCACCAUCCUUUCCCCUGGCUUCCCCGAGCCCUACGGGAACAGCCUGAACUGCGUGUGGAAAAUCGCUGUCACUGAAGGAGCCGGUAUCCAGAUCCAAGUCAUGAGCUUCGCCACAGAGCACAACUGGGACUCCUUAGAGAUAUACGAUGGUGGCGACAUGACUGCGCCGAAGCUAGGCAGCUUUUCAGGUACGACAGCGCCAGCCUUGUUGAACAGCACCUCCAACCAGCUCUACCUUCACUUCCACACCGACAUCAGUGUCGUUGCUGCCGGAUUUCACCUUGAGUACAAAACUGUGGGUCUGACUACCUGCCCGGAGCCUGUAGUGCCGGCCAAUGGCAUUAAGAGCGGUGAUCGGUACAUGGUGAACGAAGUGGUGUCGUUCAGCUGUGAGCCUGGAUAUGUACUGCAGGGUCAUUCUCACAUAACGUGUAUGCCAGGGACUGUAAGACGAUGGAACUAUCCGCCUCCUCUGUGUAUCGCCAAGUGUGGAGGGACCCUUCACGACAUGAGUAAUGUGAUCCUGAGCCCGGGCUUCCCUGGCAACUACCCCGGCAACCUGGACUGCACCUGGAGGAUCCUCCUGCCCAUCGGAUACGGAGCGCACAUCCAGAUCCUCAACUUCACGUUGGAAGACAACCACGACUUUCUGGAGGUCCGUAACGGACCCCAGCACAGCAGCUCCCUGAUUGGUCAGUACAGUGGCAGUCAGCUCCCGCCUCCUCUACUCAGCACUACACAUGAGACGGUCAUCCACUUCUACAGUGACCACUCUCAGAACCGCCAGGGCUUCAGGCUCACUUACCAAGCAUAUCAGUUACAGAAUUGCCAAGAUCCAUAUCCAUUCCACAACGGAUAUAUUGUCAACAAUGACUUCAAUGCAGGCCAAUCCAUAACAUUCGAGUGCUUCCCUGGAUACGUAUUGGUCGGUCAUCCGGUGUUAACAUGCCAGCAUGGAACCAACAGAAAAUGGAACCAUUCAUUUCCUCGCUGUGAAGCGCCCUGCGGCUACAACGUGACGGCUCCAAACGGCACCAUCUUCUCGCCCGCCUACCCCAACGAGUACCCGGACUCGCAGGAUUGCACCUGGCUCAUCACCGUGCCACAUGGCCACGGCGUCUACAUCAACUUCACACUUCUGCAGACUGAGCCCGUCACCGACUACAUCGCAGUGUGGGACGGCCCUGAGCAAAGCUACCCACAGCUUGGAAUCUUCAGCGGCAAUACGGCCCUGGAGUCGGCCUACAGUUCUUCCAAUCAGGUCCUUAUCAAGUUUCACAGCGACUUCUCCACGAGUGGAUUCUUUGUCCUCAAUUUCCACGCUUAUCGUCUCAAGAAAUGCCCCCCUCCCCCCACUGUGGAGGAAUCAGAAAUACUAUUUGAAGAUGAAGACUAUGAAAUAGGUGAUGUUGUGAGAUAUCACUGCUUUCCUGGGUUCACCUUGGUCGGCAACGACGAGCUCACCUGCAAGCUUAACUCCCACCUGCAGUUCGAGGGCCCUCCCCCGGUGUGCGAAGCUCAGUGUCCUGCGAAUGAGGAGCGUUCGAUGUCUUCUGGGGUGAUUCUGAGCCCGGGCUUUCCCAAAAAUUACCCCAACUCCCAGACCUGCUCCUGGAUCAUCAAAGUGCUGCCCUCAUUCACCAUUUCCAUUUACGUGGAGAUAUUCCAGAGCGAGAAGCAGUUUGACGAGCUAGAGAUCUUUGACGGACCAUCUGGCCAGAGCCCCUUGCUGGUGGCACUUAGCGGAAACCACUCGACGCAGUUGAAUUUCACGAGCAAGACCAACCAGCUUUAUCUCAGAUGGUCGACUGACCAUGCCACCAACAAGAGGGGGUUUAAAAUCCGCUACACAGCGGCUUAUUGCAGUGUCAACAGCGCGCCCAAGAACGGUGGGGUGAUUAACAGGACGAGAGAGCGACCCGGCAGCAGGAUCCAGUACUACUGCAACACAGGCUACAGGCUAGUGGGGCAGCGCAAUGCCACCUGCAGACUCCAUCCCAAUGGCCUGUACCAGUGGGACGCCCCAGCACCACUUUGUCAAGCUAUCUCCUGCAGCGUUCCAGAGAAUCUAGCCAACGGCUCCUUCCAUGGCCUGCAGUACACCGUGGGCAGCAAGGUCCAGUACCAGUGUGAUGAGGGCUACCAGGCGGAGAGCGCCGCCCUGCUGUCCGCCAUCUGCCUGGAGGACGGCACCUGGAGCAAUGCGGCCCACCCUCCUCGCUGCUUACCGGUUCAGUGCCCCAACAUUGAGAGCAUGCUCUCGGAACACAUGGUGUGGCGUCUAAUCUCAGGCUCGCUGAACGAGCUGGGGGCGCAGAUAAUGCUAAGCUGCACUCCUGGCUACUACCUGGAGGGCCGGAGGACUAUCAAGUGCUUAGCCAAUGCAACCUGGGGAGGACUGGAGGAGAAGUCAACCUGCAAGAUUAUCUCCUGUGGGGAGCUCCCUUCACCUCCCAAUGGCAAGAAGAUGGGCACCCUGACCACCUUUGGUGCAACAGCCAUUUUCAUGUGCAACACGGGCUACACAUUAGUAGGUUCUCACGUGAGGGAGUGUCAGGCUAAUGGCCUCUGGAGUGGAGUGGACACUAAAUGUCUGGCUGGCCACUGUGACUCGCCCGAUCCCAUUACUAAUGGCCACAUCAGCGGCGAUGGCUCCAGCUACAGAGACACAGUGGUCUAUCAGUGCAACCUGGGAUUUCGCCUCAUCGGAACCUCGGUGCGCAUCUGCCAGCAGGACCACAGGUGGUCGGGGCAAGCACCUGUCUGUGUUCCCAUUACCUGUGGGCACCCUGGAAACCCAGCCAACGGGCGGACAAAUGGCAGCGAGUUUAAUCUAAACGACGUGGUGAACUUUACUUGCAACACAGGCUACGUCCUGCACGGCACGUCACGGGCCCAGUGCCGCAUGAACGGCCAGUGGAGCAACCCUCUGCCUGUUUGCAAGGUGGUAAACUGCUCUGAUCCUGGCUUCGUGGAGAACGCUGUUCGUCAUUCUCCUCAGCGCUAUCCCGAGAGUUUCAGCUACACACACAGCGUGAUGUAUCACUGCAAGAGGGGCUUCUAUCUGCUCGGCUCGUCUGUGCUCACCUGUCAGUCAAACGGCUUGUGGGACAGAUCGCUUCCUAAGUGCCUUUCCAUAUCCUGCGGUGAUCCGGGCACGCCGCCCUUUGCUGUCCUGUCGGGCAGGAAUUUCACGAACGGGGCACUGGUGCACUACUCCUGCAGCCAGGGCCGGAUGCUGGUGGGCAAUGCCACACGCCAAUGCCAGGAGGAUGGCCGCUGGAAUGGCUCUCCGCCCUACUGCUCUGGUGGUAGUCCUGGCUUUUGCGGAGACCCCGGAAUCCCCCCUCAUGGCUCUCGUCUGGGUGAAGAGUUCCAGGCGAGGAGUCUCCUGCGCUUCACCUGCGAGGCAGGAUACAUGCUGAUCGGCUCGUCGGAGCGCACCUGCCUGCAGAAUGGCUCGUGGAGCGGCACCCAGCCCGUGUGUGAGGCUGUGUCCUGUGGAAAUCCUGGAACUCCAGCAUUCGCCAGAAUCGUCUUCAGUGACGGCAUGCUCUUCUCCAGCUCAGUAACAUAUGCCUGCUGGGAGGGCUACAAAACGUCUGGCCUCACCACCCGCCACUGCACCACCAACGGCACCUGGACCGGCUCGGCCCCGGACUGUACAGUUAUCAGCUGUGGAGAUCCCGGCCCUAUUGCCAACGGAAUUUAUAUGGGGAAUGAGUUCACCUUCAAUAAGACUGUUCGCUAUCGUUGUAACCCUGGCUAUGUUAUGGACCCUCCGGGGCUGGACACUCUCCGCUGCUCUAAAGACGGCUCUUGGAACCAGACCAAACCGAGCUGCAGAGUCAUCAUGUGCGGCCAGCCCCCCGCCAUUCGCUAUGGAAAAGUGGAGGGUUCUGAUCUACAGUGGGGCUCCAGUGUGGCCUACAGCUGCUUCGAUGGCUAUCAGCUCUCCUCUCCAGGAAUAGCCACAUGCGAGGGGAAUGGGACGUGGCGUGGCGACAUCCCUCAGUGUCUGCCUGUGUUAUGUGGGGACCCCGGCACCCCUGCAGAGGGCUACAGAGAGGGGAUCCAGUUUACAUACAAGUCGGAGGUGGCGUUCUACUGCCGCUCACCUUUCCUGCUGGUGGGCUCCCCCAGGCGAGUUUGUCAGGAGGACGGCUCCUGGACCGGAAUCCAGCCCUCCUGCAUCGAUCCAGCAUAUAAUGCGUGUAAAGAUCCCGGAACCCCUGCGUAUGGAAUCCCACUGCAGGCUCAGGGAUUUGAGGUGGGGAGCAAAGUUUUCUUCAGAUGCCGAAAAAAUUAUCACAUUCUAGGGUCAACUACAAGGACGUGCCUGGAAAAUCUGACCUGGAGUGGCAUGCAGCCUGAGUGUGUUGCACACGCCUGCCGGCAGCCCGAGACACCAUCUCAUGUGGAUGUGAGGGCCAUUGACCUGCCGACGCUGGGCUACACCCUCAUGUACACGUGCCAGGAUGGCUUCUUUCUGGCCGGUGGAUCCGAGCACCGGACGUGCAGGCCAGAUGGCAGGUGGUCAGGCAAACCUCCCGUCUGCAAAGUUGGACCCAAAAUAAACAGCAAGUCAAAGGGAGACUCAGACGUACAGAAAAACAAGAUUCGGGUUCCCGCGGACGUUUUCUCUUUAAACUCCGGCUGGGCGGGCUUCUAUGAGUACCUUGGCAAGAGGCAGGCUGCCACAAUAACCGUCAAUGCAUUCAAUGCCACAACAAGCCGAGUCAAUGUCACUCUACUGGAGCAAAGCGGAGUGCAGAUCAAGCUCUCAGGAACGUACAAGAAAGAGGAAAAUCAUCUGUUACUGAAGGUCUACCAGAUAAGAGGCCCAACAGAGCAGUAUUUCAGUAAAUUCAAAAAUGACAACUGGGCAAUGGAUGGAUAUGUGACAGCAGAGUCUGAGAAGAAAAUGUUUGUUUACCAAGGUCAUAUCCACAGUAAAGAUUUUGGGAAGUUUCAGCUGACAAGACAAGGUCUUAUCACAACAGAUUUGGAUUCUUCCAAUCCUUACUAUGGCACAAACAGCAGCUCAGUGGCGGCUGCUAUACUGGUGCCGUUCUUUGCUCUCAUUCUGUCAGGAUUUGCUUUUUACCUCUACAAACACAGGGUACUAUCACAAGAGACAGAUGACAAUGAGAGACCCAAAGACGUAAUCAGGGCCGGCUCCAGAACAAGACCAAAAGUACAGUACAAUGGCUACGCAGGGCAUGAGAACACAAAUGGUCAAGCGUCGUUCGAAAACCCGAUGUACGACACCAAUAUGAAGCCGACGGAGGCCAAAGCCGUGAGGUUCGAUACUACGCUCAACACGGUGUGCACAGUAGUAUAGCCUUCGUUAGCAGCUCCGGACUGCACCAGCGUGCUCUAUUUCUUUUUCACUGAGCGCAUUUUGGGAAGUGGGCGUGAACUUUACUCCUCCGCAAGCUCACUCUGAUCAUUUCCGAACACGGACGGCUAUUUCUGUUUUUUUAAAACAACCACAAAAGACAAAAAAGGGUCAAAGAUACAAAACUGAACCUUUUUUUAUCUGAAACUAAGCUCGCGUGCUGUCUGUGGUCAUAACAAGUGACCGGAGCAAGGAACAACACCACUAACAGCACACAUAGGAUGAAAAGGAUUUUUUUUCUAUCCUCUCUUUUUUCAUGUCGUUCUUCCCCUCCCUUCCAA